UCCCUACCGCCUACCCGUCUUGCCAACGCAGCGGUGGCGGCUUUCUUGGCUCCUGCCAGCCGUUCCGGAGCGGGCAAAGCUGAGGCAGAGAACGGGCACAGAACUGGAAAAGGGUGAGUCAGACACUGUCUACGCGAUAAAGGGAGGUGGCAUCGUGCAGUAGGGCUGGAAUUAAGUAAAUGGACACGCGCUGCAGUGUCUCUGGAGAUACCAAGAUCUUAGUGCCAGUCAGAGGAGGGUGAGGAGGAGCCAGGUCCUUGCACCCGAUCUCGUCCUCGGCUCCCACCGCCAUCGCCACCAUGCAGUCCCGGGAGGAGGCCCAGCGCUCUCGUCGCCUGGCCAGUCCCCGCGGUGGCAAGCGACCCAAGAGAAUUCACAAACCCACAGUCUCGGCUUUCUUUACCGGCCCAGAGGAGCUGAAGGACGCGGCCCACUCUGCAGCCCUGCUGGCACAGCUCAAGUCCUUUUACGAUGCAAGGCUGCUGUGCGAUGUGACCAUUGAGGUGGUGACGCCCGGGAGCGGGCCGGGCACGGGCCGCCUGUUCCCCUGCAACCGGAACGUGCUGGCCGCCGCGUGUCCCUAUUUCAAGAGCAUGUUCACGGGCGGCAUGUACGAGAGCCAGCAGACCAGCGUGACCAUGCACGACGUGGAUGCCGAGUCCUUCGAGGUGCUGGUCGACUACUGCUACACGGGCCGCGUGUCCCUGAGUGAGGCCAACGUGGAGCGCCUCUACGCCGCGUCGGACAUGCUGCAGCUGGAGUACGUGCGGGAGGCCUGUGCUUCUUUCCUGGCGCGCCGCCUGGACCUCACCAACUGCACCGCAAUCUUCAAGUUUGCGGACGCCUUUGGCCACCGCAAGCUGCGCUCCCAGGCCCAGGCCUUCAUAGCUCACAACUUUAAACAGCUGAGUCAGAUGAGUUCCAUUCGAGAAGAGACUCUGGCAGAUCUGACCUUGGCUCAGAUGUUGACUGUCCUCCGCCUGGAUAGUCUAAACAUAGAGCAUGAGCAAACCGUGUGUCACGUGGCAGUGCAGUGGCUGGAGGCAGCCCCCAAGGAACGCGGCCCCAGCGCCGCAGAAGUCUUCAAGUGUGUCCGCUGGACACACUUCGCUGACCAAGAUCAGGAUUACCUGAAAGGACUGCUGGCCAACACCAUUGUGAAGAAGCACUGCCUGGACCUUAUUGAAGGAGCCCUGCAGAUGCGAUAUGGGGACAUGUUGUGCAAGUCUCUGGUGCCAAAGCCCGAGGCCAGCAGCAGUAGCUCGGUUGUGCCUGCCGUAGAAAGCCCACCCCAGAGGCUGGGUGUGUGUGCCAAGAAGAUGGUGAUCCUUUUUGGACACCCCAGAGAUCCCUUUCUCUGCUGUGACCCAUACUCUGGGGACAUUUACAAAGUACCAUCGCCUGUGACCUGCCUUGCCCACACUAGAUCUGUAACUACCCUAGCUGUCUGUGUGUCUCCUGACCAUGACAUAUACCUAGCUCCCCAGCCCAGGAAGGACCUCUGGGUGUAUAAGCCAGCCCAGAAUAGUUGGCAGCAGCUGGCAGACCGCCUACUCUGCCGUGAGGGCAUGGAUGUGGCAUACCUCAAUGGUUACAUUUACAUUCUGGGUGGGCGAGACCCUAUUACUGGGGUUAAACUGAAGGAAGUGGAGUGCUACAGUGUUCAGAGGAACCAGUGGGUCAUGGUAGCCCCACUACCCCAUUCUUUCAUAUCUUUUGACCUUAUGGUAAUUCAAAACUAUCUCUAUGCUCUAAAUAGUAAGCGCAUGUUCUGUUUUGAUCCCAGCCAUAAUAUAUGGUUGAAGUGCGUUUCUCUUAAACGCAACGACUUUCAGGAAGCCUGUGUCUUCAAUGAUGAGAUCUAUUGUAUCUGUGAUAUCCCUGUCAUGAAGGUCUACAAUCCAGUCAGAGGAGAGUGGAGACAAAUGAAUAAUAUUCCUUUGGUGUCUGAAACCAAUAACUAUCGAAUUAUCACCCAUGGCCAGAAGUUGUUGCUGAUCACUUCACGCACUCCACAAUGGAAAAAAAACAGGGUGACUGUGUAUGAAUAUGACCUGGUGACUGACCAGUGGAUUAAUAUAGGUAGCACAUUAGGCCUCUUCCAGUUUGAUUCCAACUUUUUUUGCCUCUCAUCUCGAGUUUAUCCUUCCUGUCUUGAAUCUGGUGAGAGUUUCCUCACUGAGGAAGAAGAAGUACCCAGUGAGUCUAGUACUGAGUGGGAUUUAGGUGGAUUCAGUGAGCUAGAUUCUGAGUCAGGAAGCUCGAGUUCUUUAUCUGAUGAUGAUUUAUGGGUACAGGUAGCACCUCAGUGAAAAGCACUGGCUAAACACACCUUUUUUUUUGAUAGGUUGAUUGAUGCUUUAAAGUGUUUUCUUCCUGCUUUGGGAAUCACAAGGACAUACCCUUUCUGCUUGCUGCAAAGAUGAAAAAGCUGAUUUCAGUUUGGGCUGAGAAAGGGGUAUUUGAAAUACUAGUGUAUUUAAUGUUACAGAAUUUAAGCACUCAAUGAAAUCAACCUAUUUAUGUAAUUUAAUGUUACAGAAUUCAAACACUCAAAGAAAUCAACCUAUUUAAUAAAUUACUGUCCUACAAGUCCAGUAUUUUGAUUUUAGUGUAUUAUUUUUAUUAUACUACUAGUGUUUUAUUUAAAUUUUUCAUUUUGUUUAGUGCCACAAGUACUGUAACUUGGGCUUUGAUUUUUAUAAUAAGAAAUUGAAUGGAUAGGAGAUACUAAGCAGGGUUGUGAAAGUUACCUUUUUCUUUAGAGUAGUUUAUAGAGUCCCAUAUUUUAAACUAGUGGGUUUUUACAAAAUGUGUUACAAUUUAGUUUGCUAGGUUUUAUUUUCUUUUUGUGAAGAAAGAAAAAUACAUAUAUGUUUAGUACAAGUGGUGAUUUUAUUUGUAUUAAUGUACAGAAAUGCUGUAAAUUCACUGAAAUUAAAAAAAAACAGGCUUCUACUGUUUGACAGUACUUUCAGUUUUAAUUUUGUAAUGUAAAAUGUGUAUUUGCAAAGAGCAACAAUUCUUUUCAUCUAAAAAUUCAUUCUAAUAGUGCCAUUAACCAUCUAAAAACCUCAAGAAAACAAAACAAAGUAGUUAACUUCCUUUCAGGUUCAUGUUUUCUAAUCCAUACUUGACACAUGAUUCAUUUGAUUAGAGGACUAAUUCUUUUUUUUCACUGAACAUGAUAAUGUAAAUUUUUAUCCAUUGUUUUAAAAAGUUUGUGUGAUUCUGACAACGUCUUGGUGUUCAUCUUAAAGAAUUUGUCAAUAGUAUGUGAUUAUUUAUUGCUUUGUGAAGUAAUAUUGGUUUUCAAAAUAUUGUAUAAGCUAAAAACAGUAUUUUACUGACAUCAAUUAUUGUGUGUCUAUCAACUAUAAAAUCAAGUGCCAGCAGAGAACGUCAAAACUUUAAGUUGUGUAUAGAACUGUUUUGUGUGACAUUGACAUAUUCUGUCAGUUUUGUAGUCACUAAAUGUUAUCAGCUUAAAGGUAUUUUUGUAUUAAAAGUUUACAGUUAAAAUAACACAAGUCAAUGAUGGCAUUUGGGGCCAGUUGUGAAAAUAUGUUUCGUCUAAAAUAUUUCUCUAAACAGUGGUAUACAUGGCUAUUUUAUUAUGGGAUUUGUAGCUGUUCUGUGUUUCUCUGUGAACCAUGCUUCUUCAGUCUUGUUUCUGUCAUGUGUAAGGUAAAGUCCAGAAAGAGGCUAAACCGCAUAAAAUUAACAUUGUUAAAUUAAAAAAAAUAGGUGCUUACCUCAUGAGGGUUUACUAAAUAUGAUUGUUAUGAUUAAUAAUCAGAUGCUUAUGGCAUUUAAGUCUUUCAUAUCCUGUUAGAAUUGUUAAUUUCCUAAAUCUUCAUUUAGUUCUCUCUUGUUUAUUCUCUAUAGUGACAGAAAAGUAACAUUUUGUUUUUAAACCAGAUCACUGAUCAGCUCUGGCUUGCAGUGAUGCAGGGGAUUGAACCUGGGACUUCGGUACCUCAGGCAUAUGAGAGUCUCUUUGCAUAGCCAUUAUGCUAUCUACCCCUGCCGUGCCCAGAAAAGUAACAUACCUUACACUCUGGCAGAGUGCAAAGGAAUGUGUUUUUGGGUGGGAAUUGAUUUUUUUAAAAUUAUAUAUAUAUGUAUAUAUAUAUAUGCAUAUAUGUAAUACCAUUUCACAUCAAGAUGAAAAUGGAGAGAGAGAGAGAGACAAAGAUUAAAAAAAUAAAAUCUUAGCCAAUUGGGUUGGCCAUCAGAAGAGUCCACAAAACAUUCCUGUUUAACAUUUUUAGUGAAAUAAAAUGCUUCUUGUAGCAGUGUGUGCUCCUGCGAAAGAGCAAACAUGCCCUUACUGUCUAAAGCUAAACUUCGUUCAUUUUUGACAACACGCACUAUAUUUAAUGAAAAUUGUGGGGGUUUUUUGGUCGUAUUUAUUUAUUUAUUUUUUACCAACUUCUCUUCACCAGUAACUUCUUGUUGAUAGCUUUUUCUUUUAUGAGACUGAAAUAGGACACAGCUGAUCUCAAUCAGAUUAUCCAGGUACAGAAGUAAGGUAUAUAAGCAGUUUAUAAAUGACAAAUCCUCUAAUUUGUCAUUUUCAACCUUCGAGUUGAAAUAUAAGCUAAAUAGUAGCAUCUUGGAUGACAAAGAGGUUUUCUGGGAAGAGUUUUGGUUUUGUGAUGUGAUUGUGAAUUAAUGAAUAAAUGUUAACCAUUGUUUCACAGAUAAGUGAUUUGUGUGUGGUUAGUUACAAAUAAAACUGGUAUUAGAAACCAGACUACCUGA